UUAUGAAAAGUUCAUAAUUACCAUCAGGCAUCGCAAUUGACAGCUAUUGAAGGACCUUAAUAAGCAACAUGGCCACAUCGAAAUCUGUUCUAUUCGUGUGUUUGGGGAACAUCUGCAGGUCCCCCAUCGGCGAAGCCGUCUUCAGAAAGCUGGCCACCGACGAAGGAGUGGUUAGCGAUUGGAGGAUAGACAGCGCCGCCACCUCCACCUACGAGAUUGGCAACCCCCCGGACCACCGCGGCCAGGCUUGCAUGAAGAGGCAUGGGGUUCCAAUGCGGCACGUUGCACGGCAGGUGACCCAAGAUGACUUCCAGACGUAUGACUUUAUCCUGUGCAUGGAUGACAGCAACCUGAGCGAUCUGAACAAGAAGGCAAGCAAGGUGAAGAACAGCAAGGCCAAGAUCGAGCUGCUUGGCUCCUACGACCCCCAGACACAGCUCAUCAUCAAAGAUCCCUACUACGGCAGCGAGCAGGAUUUCGAGACUGUGUACGAACAGUGCGUGCGCUGCUGCACGGCAUUCCUGGAGGCCAACUCCUGAUUCCCGACGCCAGACGGAAUGGUUGCCGGGGCGAGGGAUGGACGGCCCGGAGAGCUGUUAGGCUGGUCGGCGGUGUUUGGCGGGAGGGAGUUGUCCACCUGGCUCUCGGAGCGGUGGGGGUCAGGCUUCACAUAGCUCAGGAUCAUGUCUUAUCCGUUCAAUAAACAGUUCCGUGUCUAAUGUCAUUAGAGGCGCUCAUUAGCAGCGCAUACAGAUCACAACAGCCACCUCCAGUUUCCCCUUCCCAGGGGAAAUGUUAAAUAAAGAAAUAAAUAAAUGUGCGAUAAAGUUAAUCUAA